AUGAAUGUAACAUUGAAAAUGGAAGAAAACAAAUUGAUCGAAAGUCAUUCUUAUUCUCCAUUAAUCCCAUAUGCUAUAACAAAUAUGCUACAAAAAUCUCUCGAUGAACCGAACAAUACAACCAAUUUCGAAUUAUUACCAAACGAAAUUUUCCUUUAUCUAUUUAAUUAUAUGGAUAGUGUUGAUCUUCUUCAUGCAUUUUAUGGACUUAAUUCUCGUUUCAAUCGUCUUCUCUACGAAGAAUUUCGUUCAUAUCGUUUUCACUUCGAUUUGUUUUCCAAACGUCAAUUCGAUAUGAUAUGUCAGCGUCAUCUACCAUUUAUUAUUGGUCGAUUUAUUUUUCUUAGACUUUCUGACAGUGAUGAAACACCUGGACAGAUUAAUCAUUUCUUUUCUUACAUACCAUCGAUGUCUUAUUUGACUCAUUUACGAUGUCUAAUAUUCUAUAAACUUUGUUCAUAUGAAACAUUAAUUAAAAUCGUCCAUGAAUUUCAUCAUCUUUCUAGUCUCACUUAUUUAGAGUUGAAAAGUUGUUCUUUUCGACUUGAUAAAAUUGAUAUGCAAAUGAUUGUUAAUAAUAUUUGGAAUUUACCAAAACUUGCUUCUUGUUAUUUUGAUAUUCGUGUUUAUAAACAAGAAACUCCUUUUCUACUCACUCAAGUCUCAACAUCGUUAAGAAAAGUAUUCAUUUAUAAACAAAGAUUUAAAUGGAAUGAACUAUAUCGAUUAUUUGAAUGUACACCUCAUUUGAAAUGUCUUCGUAUUUCGGUGGAUCAAGUCGACGGUACUGAUUAUCAACAAUGUCCUAUUCCAACACUAAUCUAUUUAAACAUUUCUGGUUUUUGUAUGUCAAACAUUUCGAAAAUGAUGUACUUGUUACAAAACAUACCUAAUUUACGUUGUUUGAAAAUCCGUUUAUCAUAUCAUUUUAUAAAUGGUUAUCAAUGGGAACAAAUUAUUAAGAAUUAUUUACCUAAACUUAAAACAUUCCUUUUCGAUAUGUACGAUGUAACUGCUAACAAUCAAAAUAUAGAAGAACAAGCUAAUGAAUUAAUGAAUUCAUUUCGAAGUUCAUUUUGGAUUGAUGAACAUCAAUGGUUUGUUCGAUGUUUUAUAUUCGAUGGAUUGAUUUAUAUCGGAAAUUCAGUUCAUUAUGCCAAUGAUGGUCAUCCUUACUUAUGGAAAUCAACAUAUCCAAAUGAUAAUUAUUUGAAUAUUUACAAGAACAUGACUCAUAUCUAUAAUGAAACAUUUUUUCAUCAAUCAUUUCCAUCUGAUGUUCGUUUACCGAGCAUUGAAUUUCUUUGGAUUGAACUACCUAUCAAAGAACAAUUUUGGACUAUUGUUCCAAGUUUAAAUCAGUUAUAUUUACUUUCGAUCUCAUCCUAUACAGAUACUUUUCAAUUACAAUUACAACGUUUACUUGAUCAAGCAUCCCAUCUUUGCUGUUUAGAAAUCAAACAACAUGAAUCAUUACCUUUACAAAUAUCAUUUUUGACAUGUAUAAAUACAUCUAUUCGUCAACUUUAUUUACAAAACCAUUGGUUUGAUGAAGAAGAAUGUAUAACAGUGACUCGAUCACCAUUAGGUGUUUCAUUUGAAGUACUUUUCAUUAAAGUCAAAACGCGUGAAAAUAUUCUUAUUCUUAUGAAAAAUAUGAUCAAUCUUCGAGCAUUAACUAUUCAAUUCGAUGAUGAUAUGUAUUCAAAAGUUUUAUUAUCAAAAAAAACCAUUCAUGAUUUAUAUAGAUCAAAUAAUGAUAGUCUACUUCACAGGUUAAAACAUCAUUUACCAUCAACAUGUUUAGUUGUUAGAGAUGCAGACACUAUCAAUCUUAUUCAUAUAUGGAUUUCAUAA